AUGGCAGCGCAGCAGGGGCAGGGGAACAAGGGCAGGAGAAGGGCACGCUCCUCGCACGUUUGGAACAACUUCGAGGAGAUCUCUGAGGAGGUGAAUGGUAAGAGGGUAUGUUCUGGUGCUAAAUGCACCCUCUGCAAGAAAGUUCUUACUGGUAUUUCUACUAAUGGUACUGGUCAUUUAAUUAGGCAUCUUGCUUCAUGUAGUAAGAAGGCUGAUCGUUUUGUAAGGUCUCAAUCUGUGGUUCAGUUUAGUUCUGAUGGUUCUCUUGGAAAUUGGGAGUACAAUGCUGAGUUUGCUCGUACUGAAUUAUGUUGUAUGAUUGCUAGGUUAGAUCUGCCUCUUGGCAUUGGUGCAUAUAAUGCUUUCAUUGAUUAUAUCAAACGUGCUCAUAAUCCUAGGUUUGCCCCUGUUUCUAGGCAGACAACCACUAGAGAUGUUGCUAAGCUUUUCAAUCAAUCUCGUACUUUGCUUAUGGACUGUUUAAAUGCAUGUUCUUCUGUUGCAAUUACAUCUGAUAUUUGGAAUGGUAAUGCUAAGAAGGAUUAUCUUAGUGUGGUUGCUCAUUUUGUUAAUUCUAAUUGGGAACUAGAGAAGAGGUUGCUUGGCUUGUGUCUUAUAGAUUGUUCUCAUUCUGAUCUUAAUAUUGCUGAGCGAAUUGGUUUUGUGCUUGAUGAGUGGAAGUUGACUGAUAAGAUCUUCUCUUUUACUCUUGACAAUGCAUCUGCUAAUGCUAAUGCCAUAGCUUCUUUGACUCCUAAAUUCUCUGGAUACAUUGGUUCUGUUUUCUUGCUUCAAAGAUGUGCAUGUCAUAUUAUAAACUUGAUUGUUAAAUCUGGUUUGAAACGUUUGAAAUCUUAUGUUGAAACAUUCAGAACUGCCAUAUCUUUCUUGAAUUCAUCUAAUCAAAGGAUUGCUGCAUACAAAUCUUAUUGUAUUGCUAUGGGUGUCCGUCCUAGAAAGUUUGGCUUGGACAUGGAUGUGAGAUGA